AUGGCCAUCGGCAGCCCCUCUUCCAUGCAGCAUGCUGCGCCAACGCCCUCGGCGAGCCAUACCGGCAUCGACAUUGACGCGUGGACGAUAUCGGCGCUGCAGUCGCUCAGUGUCUCCCCAAUUGCUCGUGGCACUGGCUCGCCGCUGUCUAUCCCGAUCGACGAGCUUGUUUUCCACAAACCCCGCGCGGCGACCGCGUCCAAGACGACUGGUGCUGCCCGCGCCGUGAAAUUUGAUGCCGAUGAACUUGCCUCGGCCGCGCCGCGGCGGCCGCCCUCACGACGAGACAGCAUGGCGCGGCGAGAGGCACUUCUCAAGGGCAAGGAAGGCAGCCGCCAGCGUCGCCGAUGGGAAAAUGACCGUCUGAUUGGCGUUCCCAAUGCGCAGCCGCCGCAGCCGUCCGACUGGCACGUCCAGCCCACGCACCCCAUCCACGUCGUGCCGUACCAGGUGGCGCAGUACUGGGACCGCGGCGUGCGCGAGCGCGUCGGCGAGCAGACGCGCCGCCUGCAAGCCGCCCGCAAGAAGCAGCAGCUGCUCAGCGGCAGCGCCACCGGUCUCGGCGUCGGCGAGGUCCCGCGCGACCUGCGUGAGUCGGCCAAGCGGUCUCCGGCCGUCCGCGGAUGGGUGCGCGCGCUCGAGGAGCCGGUGCGGCGGUUCGUGCACGAGCACUUGUCAAGCGGCAGCAGUGCAGAGGAGGAGGACGAGGGCGAGGAUGAGGCGCUGGACUCGGAUGAGGAGGAGAUUGUGUUUGCGGGCCGCGCGGACGCGAUGCGCGAACUCAGGGAGAAGAAGACGCGCGCGGCGCGCAGAGACACGCGCGGCGGCGUUGUGUUUGACGAGCUUGGGGACGACGAGAGCGCCGCGUUUAAGCGCUGGCUGACGCAUUCGAUUUCCGACUACUACGGCCUGGCGUCGCGGUCCGUGCUGGUGGGCGGAUCGUCACAAAAGGUCGUGUAUGUUGGGCUUAAGCAGACCCAGCAGAUGGCGCCGGCGCUGUCUACGAUGCCACGGCCGCUGUGGGAACUUUGCUGA